CUUUGUGGACAUAUAUUUCCAUUGUUAGAGCGGCCAGUCGACCAUCUUGUCAAUAUAAUAGAUAAUCUUCGGCGAGAGAAAACUGCUAUAGACUCCUUUUUUGUCUUCAUAGCCACAUUUAAACGUAACGGACUGUCGGAAUUAGGAAGAUUUCAUAUAAAAGGUUGCUGCAACAACAAAGACCAUGCAUUCAUAGGAGAGGAGGAUUGCUUGCUACCUUAAGUGUUGGUGGUAAUCGGGCAGGAGUGUGAAGUCUGAUAUCUGGGAUCCUCUCCUCCAGCUGUGAUAGAGUGAGGCAGCGUGCAGCAUUUGUCCAGGCCAGCCCAGGCCCAGGGGAGUGACCAACCGAGCGGAUGCCCUAGACUGUGCGGCAGGGGCGGCAGGCUCAACCAUGACUCGGCUGAUGUUAGGCCGGACCCUGGAACGCAUCUGCAAGGCUGUCCUGCUGCUCUGCAUGGUGCACUUUGUCAUCAUGAUGAUCCUCUACUUCGACGUCUACAGCCAGCGCUUCGAUCAGAUCUUCAGCCGCUUCAACAACGGCCGCAACUCCAGCCGCAACGGACACCACUACUACUACAACCUCAGCCGGCCCAACGCCACCUUCGCCAGCUACCUGGCCACCGCAGACCAGCUGCUGCCCAGCGUACGACCUGAGGGAAACCACACACCACCAACUGCCAAACCUAUACCACCAUGCCCGGAGAUACCCCCUGGUCUGGUGGGCCGCCUCCUGAUCGAGUUCGCCUCCCAGAUGACAAUGGAACGGGUGCAGAAGGAGAACCCAAACGUGACGGAGGGGGGCAAGUACACCCCACCGGACUGCCGUGCCAAACAGAAGGUGGCUAUCAUUAUCCCAUUCAGACACAGAGAAAACCACCUCAAGUACUGGUUGCACUACCUGCACCCCAUCCUACGACGGCAGAAGAUCGACUACGCCAUCUAUAUCAUCACCCAGCUUGGUGAGGACACCUUCAACAGAGCCAAGCUCCUGAACGUGGGCUACACCGAGGCCCUGAAGGAUGCAGAGUACGACUGCUUCAUCUUCAGCGAUGUGGACCUCAUCCCUAUGGACGACCGUAACCUCUACCACUGUUACGACCAGCCAAGACACUUUGCCAUCGCUAUGGACAAGUUUGGCUUCAGGCUUCCUUAUGCGGGGUACUUUGGCGGGGUUUCCGGGCUGAGCAAAAAACAGUUUCUCAAGAUCAAUGGCUUCCCCAACGAGUACUGGGGCUGGGGAGGAGAAGAUGACGACAUCUAUAACAGGAUCACCCUCAACGGGAUGAAGGUGGUUCGACCGGACGUCCGGAUCGGCCGAUACAGAAUGAUCAAACAUGAAAGAGACAAGCACAAUGAACCCAACCCACAAAGAUUCAACAAGAUCCAGAAUACCAAGAACACUAUGAAGAGAGACGGGAUCAGCACUUUAACGUACCGCGUGCUCCAGUUUAAGAAGUACCCUCUCUAUACCAACAUCUCUGUGGAGAUCGGCAAGCCCCCGCCCCGGCCUUUCAGGGGCUAGACAGAUAGAGAGCCCCGGCCUUUCAGGGGCUAGACAGAUAGAGAGCCCCGGCCUUUCAGGGGCUAGACAGAUAGAGAGCCCCGGCCUUGACAUGGAGGAGGAGGAAGGGAGAUGGGGGAGAGAACUAUAAUACACAGCAGAGAGCCUUCAUCUCCUCCUCUACCUCCCUCAGCCUGACUCAGAUACCCCCCACCGACCUGCGCUAGGAGUCUGCCCUGGCCUCUCACAGCCCAGUCUGUGUGGGGAUACUGGUACACACUUGUUGCCCUCCCACCCUGCCAACGGCUCGACGGUUACGGCAGGCCUACAACAUGGCUGGGACCCUGACUGACUGACUAGCUCUCAGGAAUAGAUGAGGACAGAGGAUAUAUUAGAUUAGAUUCAGAUUCUUUCCCCUGGCGACAGUGCUGUUCUGGAAAUGCACACACUGUACAUGAAACACACAGCAAUAAGUCCAGUGCUACUGGUGUCUCGGUCCUGAUAACACAAAGCAACGGGGGUUCAAGAGGAGUCAUAUUAUAUUGGGUUGUUGAUAUGCUGGGGGUUGGGUUUGGGAUUCAGAGUUACAUGAGCAGAACCAAGAAGAACUGCCCUGAUCUCUCUGUGAGAAUCUGUCAAUCAGAACACUAUAUCGGCGCAACAUGAAUGUGUACUGUCUGUCCCUGCAUCCAAUGCAGGCUUUCCCCAUUUCCCAUGUCUCUGACGUUGAAAAACGGUGCUGGAGGAGAGUGACAAUGUGCACCAACACUUUUUAUUAAGACAGAGGUGUGACCUUCUGUGGAGAGAAUCAAGGUUGAGUGAAUAAAAUGAAUAAAGACCUCCUGGUAGUGGAUGGAUAUGGCUAUUCAAGGAACUAGUUUUGACCUGUUUGUGGAGGAGAAAGGUCCAGCAAAUAGAAGAGAAGAUGGACUUCUGGCAUGGUUCUGACAGGUGAUUAUUAGAGACUAUUUUGUUGACGUGUUCUCACGCAAAGAGAAGGUUUCAUUAGAUACUGAUGAAAGUGUAAACGUUUGCUGUAUGACAAUGUGUCCCAGACAGUUUUAGAAGAGGAUCAUCUAUUGCUCAAAUAAAAGACUCUUUGCUCCACUUUUUUCUUUAAUUUCUAUUUCAAAAUGCCAUCCACGUUUUUGGAAAAGAAAAUGAUAAGGCAUCGAUAACCUAGUGGUUUAAAUUGUGAAUACUGUAAGGACUGUCUAGUAUGGUGAAUAUUUGCAUUGUAGCAUUAAUUUCAUCCAUUCAAAGUCAGAGACACUGAAGCACUGAGGUGAUAAGAACAGAACUGAAGUUGGUUAUUUAUUGAGUACUUCGAAUAAAUGGAAAACCAUCAUUUCGCUAUUAACACCACCAGUAUAUAAAAGCCUUUUAACGUCAGUAAGCUUUUUCUUCUCUCAUUUUCUUCUCCUUUUCCUUUGUGUACUGCCUAAAAACCAAACUGAUGCCUUCAAAAUUGUUAUGAGGGGCAAUGAUAAGGAAUGCUGCAUUCUGUUGUGUGAAGUGAUGUGGAAAUCUCUCUUUUGUACUAUCAAUGGUUUUCUUGGCCUGGCUUGAGACAGUGAGUAUUUGAGAUGCCCCAACCAACCCGUUUCCCCUCUGUUUAUUUUAGAGAGCCUUUUCAAGUGCAUUGAGUGCAUUUCCCUUCUUUUUUGUUUUUUUACAACACCCUCCAUUUCCUUUUAUUUCACUCCCUGGCUCUACCAUCCCUUUCUCCCUUUCUCCGUGUGUGUCUGUGUGAACACCACAGUGUUUUUCUGUACUUGACCAUCUGAUGAAUACACAGACAGCUGUGUCUGAAGCACACUGCUCCUCUAUAGAAAUAUCAGGAGGACUUCAACAAUCAUCUCUUCUCUCUCUCUCUCUCUCUCUCUCUCUCUCUCUCUCUCUCUCUCUCUCUCUCUCUCUCUCUCUCUCUCUCUCUCUCUCUCUCUCUCAUCUCUCAUUCUGCUGCCUUUUCAUUUUUGAGUGCACUACUACUGGUGUGAGAGCACCUCGGAAAGAGAAUACUCUACUCCUCAUUCUACACUGGAGACCAAUGUACAUUUACGCUACUGUAUUCUGGAUGUCAUUACUUCUGUCAAAUGGGUGAAUGCUGUGUAUGUACUGCUUUCUGAUGGCUGUGGACCAUAGGAUUUUGACAUAUUACUGCCUAUGGUCCCAGUAUAGUAUGAUUCAUCAUCCUGCCAAGCUCCUGCUUUUAUGUUCCAUGUUGAGGGAAUCAUUUUCCUAAAGGCUAAAUAUACUACUUGGAACUGUGGGAAGAAGCUUUUAUAUAUAGCUAGCAUCAUUACCUAAAAUCUGCUUAGCAGAAUGAGCUUACUAUUGAUGCAGUAGCACACAACCCUGAACAUAUUUGGUACUGAAGUUUUAGUCAAUGGUUUCAUUAAAUGAAAUGCUUUGAUAAAAACAAUGUUUUUGCCAGUGAUUGUCAAAUCGUCUGGUUAGGUCUACAGACUGGGCUUUUUAUCAGAGCUUCAGUCAAAGAUCUUACUGUACAAUUGGUGGAUAUUUGGUUUACUUUACAGUAGACUACAGGAUGUGAUUUCUGUACAUAUCAGACUUGUAUCAGACAUCAAGAGCUAGUUAUCAUGUAUUACAGGUACAUGAACAGGCAUUACCAUAUCAUUUGUGUUGUGAACAGAGAAAACGUCCAAUAGAACUCAGUCGGUUCUGUUAACUUGAUAUCUAUAUGGAGAUCAUGCCCAAGUAGGCUAGUACAGGAAUAAUCCAUCCUAUUGGUACUAUUAUAUCCAUUUAGUCAUAAAUCAUAUUGGUAUAUCCAUCAUAUUAUCUUGUUUGGCCUAUUGUCUGUAUUCUGCCCCACUACCCCACUUAUAGUGACUGUGGUCUCACAUUGUAGGUACUGUAUAAUACAGAUUUGAUAUGAUGGUGUUGACAGGGGGACCUUUCAGCACAAGCUUAGAGACAUCCUGCCCAGGACUGUGUCUCUCCCACACAACUCGCCAGCUAUAAACCAGUGAUAAAGCACCGCUCCUCGUUUGCAUCCCAAAUGGCACCCUAUUCCUUAUCUAGUGCACUACUUUUGACCAGGGCCCAUAUAGGAAAGUGGGUGCCAUAUGGGACGCAUCCCUCUGCACCCUCCCUCCCCGCAGUCAACUAUUAUUGUAUUCAAUUUUGUCCUGGAAAUUGAUAAUUGCGGGGCAUCAGCUUUCUUCAUUGACCAUGUGUUUGAUGCAUCCUUGAAUAAGAAAAGCAGACAUGUGGCAUACUAAGGUACUGUCCACCCUUUGGAGUGCGUCUGAAGUUCUCUUUAUCCAUCUGUUGGCAGACACUGCAUGGCUUUCCCCUUCUACUUAUACGUUUCAACCUAAUGCCCAUUGAGCAAUAUUUUCCCUCACUGUCAGAGCAGUCAUUUCAAGGAAGUGGUGGGUAACUGAAAGAGAAACAGGAUAGGAUGAGGGCAUUGGAGAACAUCGCCUACUGACUGCCUCGGGCCUUCAAGCUGGAGUGCAUUUUUAAAGAUGCACUGUAUCUAGGUUUUGUAUAUUGAAUGUUGAAAAUGUUAUAUCUUAUAUAGAAUGCAUAAUGUUAUAUCAAACCAACUUUUUCUAUACAAUCAAUAAAUCUGAUGGUAAAUGAGAUACACUCA